GUUUUCUGCCUGCCUCCUCCUCCCCUGCAGCUUCUUCCUUCUCGCCGGCGGCGGGAGGCUGGACUCUCGGCAUGAGGAAAGGAUGCAUGGGGGUGGUGCAGUGGUGCAGCAUUUUGAUAUUGAUUGGAGGUGUGACUCGAAGUGAUCCUUCCCCUCCUUCUUCCUUCUGAUUCGAUCCUCCUUCCAAGAUAACGCUACUUUGCUACCAUUAUCUUCUACCCACUCACGCACUUAGCCAGGCACGACUCCCGCUCCUCCUCUUUUUCCCUUGUUUUUGCGAACUAGUUCGAUUGUGGUGCUUUCAGAGGGAUACGAGCAGAGCGCACGAAAGGACCUGAGUGGAGAGCGCAGCGCGCAAGCCCCUUCCCUUUCGCCCUUUUUUGCCAAGGCCAAGGAUGACGAAGACAGCUGUCCACCCACCAUCAUCCCAGCCUAUGGAAGAGCAGCAUCGCCCCUCGACAGCGGGCACGACGAUGGCGGCGGGCAAUGUCCUGUUGCGAGUGGACGUGUUGCUGCUGCCGAUUAUGACGGUUGCUUAUGGGUUGCAGUUUUAUGAUAAGGCCGUACUAGGCUCCGCGACCAUCUUUGGAAUCUUGACAGACUUGGAUUUGCAAGUUGGCAAGGACCUCUCGAGGUACUCGCUUGCUACUGCUGCUUUUUACUAUGGGUACAUUGUCGGCGUGAUCCCUGCUGCGCUCCUCUCCCAACGUCUCAAGGUCACCGGCUUCCUCGGCGCAAGUAUCAUCCUCUGGGGCGCCAUCUGCCUCCUCACCCCCGCCAUCACCUCCUGGCGCGGUCUCGUAGUCCAGCGCGUCUUCCUCGGGCUAGUCGAAUCGACCGUCUCCCCAGGAUUCCUACUAGUGACGCGGCAGUGGUACACUUCCCAGGAGAUGCCAAUGAGGAUCGGCAUAUGGUACUCUGCCACGGGCUUCUUCAGUGUACUUUCUGGUCUGAUCAAUUACGGACUGGGAACAAGCACACAUAGCAUCCCGAUUUGGAAGACCCUCUUCCUCGUCCCAGGAUCGCUGACCGUCUUCUUCGGCAUUGCACUUCUACUACUUUUACCCCCGUCCCCGACGGAGCGACCGCUGCUGAAGAUACCAGGGUACAAUGUCUUCUCGGAGCAAGAAGUGGAGCUCAUCCUUGAAAAGACACGAGACGAGAUGCUCAGUCGCGAGCAGAGCAAGUGGAAUUGGUCACAGGUAGUCGAGGCGCUCCUCGAUGUCAAGGUCUGGAUCUUCACAUUCAUGGCCACGGCAAUUUACGUCGUCAAUGGUGGCGUGACGGCCUUUGGUCCCAUCAUCAUUCGUUCUAUAGGGUAUACGCCCACAAAGGCUAUCCUGCUGCAGACGCCAGGAGGAGCCGUCACCGUCGUCGCCAUCCUCGUCGUCGCCUUUGUCUCUCUACGCUUCAAGAAUGCCCGGCUGAUCCUCCUCUGCCUAGGUUCUCUACCGGUCCUCAUCGGCGCAGCCAUGAUUUGGGGCUCGAGCUGGAGCAACAAGGCCGUCCCGCUGGUGGGCUACUGGCUCCUGCCCGCCUUCGGAGCACCCUACGUCAUGCUCCUCUCCCUCGUAGGGGCCAACGUAGCUGGCUCAACCAAGUCUGCCUAUGCCUCCGGAGCCGUCUUUGUAGGGUACAAUGCAGGCAACAUUGCCGCCGCUUAUAUCCUCAAGCCAACCGAAGCGGCAAGACACUACCCCACCACCUGGGCCAUCAUCACUGCAAUGAUGCUCGUCACUAUGGCCUUGGCUGGGCUACUUGCAGGGAUCAUGGCUUGGGAGAACAGGAAGCGGGACCGCGAAGGGCACACAACAAAGAGCCAGAUUGAACAGCUGGGCGGGAUGGCUGAAGACCCCGUGGGAAGAGCUCAGGACGAUCUUGCCUCGGAGGAGUCCUUGAAGAUGCACAUCGAGCUGGACCAAAAGGACCUGACUGACAAGCAGAAUCGCGCAUUUAGAUAUGUCUUCUGACAGCACACCUCUCGUCGUAAUCGUACAUCGUCUUGCAACUGAUAUGUGAAGGCUCUGGUCUGCGUGUGAAUUGGGUUCUUGCUCAUCGUCUGUCGGCUCGGUCGCGUUGGGGAGCGCUAUGCUCACGGUCACGCGAGUUUCUCCGCCGCGAUCGCUCUUCAUCAUCGUCCUGAUCUGUCCGCCGAUGACGAUCUUCGUUGCGGUAUCCUGGGCUGUCGUGUCUGCUGUAUCGUGCUCUCCGGUGGUAAUCGGGAGAGUAACUCCUGUCCCUCCUGUGGUCCCUGCUGCCAUCUCGAGAGUCGCUCCUGUCCCUGCGCCGCUCGUAUCGAUCUUGGCCCUCCCUUGUCUCAGGACGACGGUCGCGAUCACCUCCAUGAUCACGGUGACGACUGCGAUGGUCUCCCUCUUCCUUCCUCUUCCUCCUCUCCUC